AUGCCGAUCAUUAACUAGAUCCCAGAGGAGGGAAAAUUAACGGAGUUACACUAGUCUCUGGGAGAAGGAAACCUGGAGACCAGCAACGAUGCUGGGCACACAUGAGAGUCUGUGGAUCCUACCUUUGGUGCUACUAGGUCUGCAACCACCCUGGGCUGAAGGCGAAUCACUUCGUCAGGUGUGUGACCCGUCCAAAGGUGGCACCAUCUUUGACUACAAAGCUAAGACCCUUAAUGGGAGUCGUACCGUUUCCCUCAGUGAGUACAGGGGAAAGACUGUCCUCAUCGUCAACGUAGCCACCUACUGAGGUCUCACCUUCCAGUAUUUGGAGUUGAAUGCACUACAUGAGGAGUUGAAGAAUUACGGGUUCACCGUUCUUGGGUUCCCCUGCAAUCAGUUUGGAAAGCAGGAGCCAUCGGCCAAUCAUGAGCUUCUGGCCUCUUUAAAGUAUGUACGACCAGGAAAUGGAUUCAUUCCAAAUUUCAUACUAUUUGAGAAAGGGGACGUGAACGGAGACACCGAACAAGGACUCUACACUUUUCUCAAAAACUCCUGUCCACCGGUAGGGGACAGCUUUGGGGACCCCAAUGAUAGGCUGUUCUGGCAGCCCCUUAAAAUCAACGACAUCAAAUGGAACUUUGAGAAAUUCCUUGUCGGACCGGAUGGAAAGCCUUUGAUGAGGUGGUUUCCUCGGGUCCCAGUGUCUGAGGUUCGGACAGAUGUCCUCAAAUACUUUCGCCAAUAUUUGUCCCAGUACACCCAGAACUAUGAAUAAGGUCUUAGUGCCUAACUCCUAAAUGGUACCAUGUCCCCUAUGCUUUGCAGUACCAUAAGGCUUUGUAUAGGGAACAAAAAUGCCAUUUGGGACAGAGCCUGUGUUAUAAUCAGGGCAGUUCCAUUGAGUCCUUUCCUGAAUUGGCUAUGUUGACUUGGAAUUCAUCCCAACACCGAUAUCUGUAGUGUACACUAUAUGUGUAAAAAGCUGCUGUUGAACUUUGAGUAGGUUUAAUUGAGUUCAUUCUUUAGAUAUGUAAAAACCAUGUAUGUGCACAAUAGAAAACAUCCAGAAAUGAGUAGGUAGAAAUUGCUAUGUAGUCAGUGGCAACAGUGGGUGAGGGUGGCUGGUCACUACGAGGUGGCAUGUUAUAUGAAGGUGAGGCUUGAAAACAGUAGGUCUGUGGUGCCAAGCCCGAGUCUAGGGGUCCAAGCCAGUCUUUCAGUGCAUUCAGACUGGGCCUGGUAACCCUGCGAACCAUGCCACCUCCUGGUUCUACCACCCCGAUUAGCUGUGUAGGGCCACUGUGGUCCUGUGCCCUCUGUUGACAAACUCAUGUUAAUAAAUCAUGUCAGCCGCAAA